CAGAACCCGACGAAAAUGUGUUUCUACGGCGCUUGACAUCGCAACUUCCUUUUCUGUUGAUGCUGCUCUCCGGAUGAUAAAACAGUUCCUCGCAGUAUAUUCCCGCAUUAGGAUCGACUACCAUAACGAGCGGCACCAUGAAGACAUUUUUCGCCCUCUGGCCAUUGCUCGGCAUUGCCGCAGCCGCAGGCCGCACGAGCGCUCCAUCUGGAGCUCUCGUUGUCGGUGGUAACGGCACUUACUCGACGAUUCAAGCCGCAGUUGAUGCCCUGUCGACCUCGUCAUCAGAGGAGCAGAUCAUCUUCAUUCACCCCGGCACUUACAAGGAACAAGUCUACAUCGAUUCACUCAGCGGCCCAUUGACCAUCUACGGCUCCACCUCAGACACUUCCUCGUACGGCUCCAACGAAGUCAUCAUCACCGCGGGCGAGAGUCAAGAGACACAAUCCAACAACGACCUUACAGCCACACUCCGUGUCCACACCAGCGGCUUCAAACUCUACAAUGUAGAUGUUGUGAACAGCUAUGGAAAAGGUAGCCAAGCAUUAGCACUUUCCGCCUACGCAGAGCAUCAAGGUUAUUACGCCUGUUCUUUCACCGGAUACCAAGACACCAUCCUCGCACAAAUUGGUGCACAGAUAUAUGCCCAGUGCUACAUUGAAGGAGCCACAGACUUUAUCUUUGGACAAGAGGGCCAAGCUUGGUUCGAGGGAUGUGACAUUGGCGUCUUGGAAGCGUCGCAAGGAUACAUCACUGCUUCAGGAAGAGACUCUUCCAGCAGUGCCAGCUAUUAUGUGAUCAAUAAGUCAUCCGUUGCGGCGGCUUCGGGGAACACGGUUUCGAGCGGAGCAUACUAUCUCGGAAGACCCUGGAGACAGUAUGCUCGCGUUGCCUUCCAGGAUACUGCGCUCUCGGCGGUGAUUAAUUCUGCUGGGUGGUCAAUUUGGAACAGUGGCGACGAGAGAACCGAUAAUGCUGUAUUCGGAGAGUACGGCAACACUGGACAAGGAAGUGAGGGUACCCGAGCGGCUUUUGCGACUAAGUUGAGUGAGCCAGUGGGCAUUGCUGAUGUGCUCGGAAGCGACUAUGCCAGUGCUGCUUACUUUGAUGCAGAUUACGUAGGGUAGCUCUGAUCUACUUGGACAUAUAGACUUCGCUUCGUCGGAUGGGCACGGCGUGCUCAUAACUGAUGUUGUAGUAUUCUACACGUCACCUUUUUAUUUCG